CCCUCCCUGUACUCUCUUCCUUCUUUCUACCUUUACCCUUUCUCUCUCUCUUUCAGCGAUGAAGAAGUUGAUUCGGAGGCUAUCGCGCGUCGGAGAUUCGUCGCAGUACAGUUUGCUCCGGUCGGAAUCGCGGGCGCCGUCUCGUUCUCGGAGAUUCGAGUCUUUCCGGACGAUAAAGCUGAGAUCCGGGUCGGUUGGAGUGCCGGAGGGGCACCUUCCGGUUUACGUGGGCGAGGAAAUGGAGAGGUUUGUGGUGAGCGCGGAGCUUCUGAACCACCCCGUCUUCAUCCACCUCCUCAAUAAAUCGGCGCAGGAAUACGGUUACAAACAAGAAGGCGUGCUCCGCAUCCCUUGCCACGUUCUCGUCUUCGAGCGUGUCCUCGAAGCCCUCCGCACCGGAUGCCAAUCCUGCGAUCUUUUAGAUUCCCUCUCCGAGGAGUUCCUGUAGUAAUUCUUUUCUUUUCUUUUUCUUUUUUUUUUUUACCUCUUGGUUGGUAAAUUUCGCUGUUGAACAGUGAGAUUGAAUAGCGGGUAGGUAUUCAGAGCAGAUCUUCGGAGUGGAGAUCACGUUGUCGUUAAUUUUCGUGAGUCUGUUGCUGUGUAAAUAUGAAUCAUAGAAGUGAAAUGAAAGAGGGAAACAGGGGAUCUUUCAUACUUGAUCUCUGUUUAGUGAGUAUAGUAUAUAUUUAUGCACUCCAAUUCUUUCUUCUCCGUGUUAUACAA